AUGAAGAUUAUGAAGAUGAGCCACCCCCUCCUACUCGUCAUUGGCCUGGCGACCUUCGUACUCCUCGCCACCCACUUCCUCGGCGGUCCGUGGGAGGAGACCGAAGCCGAGUGGCGGGCCAAAAACAAGGGCAUGCUGCGGGUCGCGGUCUUCGAGAGCACCGGGUGGCACGACGAGGUCGUCGCCGCGCUGGUCUACGCCCUCGGCCAGCAGCCCUCGACCGCGCUCACCCUCUACCUCAAGGCCCAGCGCUACGGCAUCGACCAAAUCUAUGCGGCCUUCGCCCCGCGGGCCUCCUUCUUUCCGGCCGCCCGCAUGCGCGACCACCUCGUGCGGGGCUGGAUGCCCGCGCCCGACGUGGUCGUGCUGGCCACCGGCGAGUGGGACUUUGCCAACCACACCGACGUCUUUCACCACCUCUUCACCUCGUCGCCGCACACCUACCUGUUGUGCGUGGUGCACCACGCGGCCCAGUGGGAGGCCCAGGCGAUGCGGCCCGAGCUGCUGCCCUUGCUCCGGCCCUGGGUCGAGGCCGGCCGCAUCACCUUUCUCACCCUCGCACCGCACGUCGCGCACCUCUUGUCGACAGUUGUCAUACCAACUUGGCACCUACAGGUGUCGACAGCCAACACAAGCCCCUUAGCAGCCCGCGUAGAGACCUUCGUGCCCGUCUUCCCGGUGGCCGGGCUGGCCGGGCAGCGCACCAGCGUCGGGCCGGGGGAGACGCCCUUUGCGAUCCAGGGCAACUUCGACCCGGCGCGGCGCAACUACGAUCACAUCCUGUCGCGGCUGCGAUCAGACCGACAGGCGGCCGACCUGACGCUGCACCUGCUGGGCAGCGGCAAGGGCCUCAAGCUACCGAUUGAGGGGCUCGAUGGCCGCGUGGUGGUCGACAGCAGGCUGGACUACCUGCCCUACUACGCCAUCAUCGCCCGGAGCGUGGCGCUGGUGCCGUCGUUCGCCACGGACGAGUACUACAUCGAGCGGGCCUCGUCGACGGUGGCAGCCUCGCUCAUCGCCGGCUGCCCGCUCGUGGCCAACCGCCGGCUGCUCGACACCUACACCUACCUCGACGAGUCGGUGGUGUGGGUCCAGGAGGAGGGCGAGGACGAGAUGGACGUCGUGAUCCGCGUGGCCCGUGCGCGAAGCGCCGCCGAGCGUAGCGCAAAGAGCGAGAACGUGCGCCGACGGACGCGCGAGCUGUGCGCCCGGAGCGUGCGACAGUUUGCCCGGUGGGUGCUCGAAGCCACGGCAGCGAGGCCCGACAUUGACUACCGCCGAACCUAA